AUGGCAGCUUUUGGAGACGACAGUGUUUUUAACCUUCAUGCCCUUGGAGCUAUCGCUGAAUGCUAUGAAAAUAGUGACGACGACAUCUCUGACCAUGCAGACCUACUUCCUGAAGCCAGCGAUCAAGAUUUUACGAUGGCUAAUAGAGACUACGCAACGACGGACAUCGAUCACGAAGUUGAAGAAAUUUCUGAAAGUGUAACGCCAUGGGCUAAUACUUACAAUUGGCAUCCUAGCGAAAAUUCAGUAGCAUUUCCUCACGAAUUUACCGGAAAUAGUAGCAUUAACGUCCCUAUUGAUGGAUUUCAGCCUAUAGACUUCUUCAACAUGUAUUUAACUACAGCACUAGUCGAUCUCAUGGUUCGCGAAACAAAUAG